CCAAUGUCAAGUUUUAUAUAUAUAUUUUGUUAUUGUUCCCCCCGAUCCCGCACCCCCCUCACUGCACUGCGCGCCAUCUACGAGCAGAGUCAAGUUUGGAUGGGAGUUGAGACAGCCUCCAAAUGGACAAACAGCGUGUGCAGCGACGAAAGGCGUACGUAAAAUGGCCCAUAGUUUGUGUUUUCGUCUUCAUCGUUUGCUUCUCGGACUCGGCUCGUGGUCAGAUCCGCUACUCCAUCCCAGAGGAGCUGGAACAUGGCGCCUUUGUGGGGAACAUAGCGGAGGACUUGGGUUUGGAUUUGGAUAAACUCUCGGCGCGCAGGUUCCGCAUCGUUUCCGGCACGAGGAGGCAGUACGUGGAGGUGAAUUUGGAAAAUGGAGUUUUAUUCGUCAACGAGAGGAUAGACCGCGAAGAACUGUGCGAGCAGAGUUUGGGCUGUUCCUUCCACCUGCAGGUGGUCAUAGAAAGUCCUCUGGAGCUGUACCGAGUGGAGGUGGAAAUCGUGGACGUGAAUGACAACUCUCCCGGCUUCCCGUGGACUGAAUUUAAUCUGGACAUUUCGGAAUCUGCGGCACCGGGGUCCCGCUUCCCGCUCGAAAGCGCGCAAGAUUUGGACGUGGGUUCCAACGCGCUGCGCACGUAUCUGCUGAGCGUCAACGAGCAUUUCACUUUGGACAUACAGACUCGAAGUGACGGCAGUAAAUUCGCGGAACUCGUUCUCCGGAGCCCUUUGGACCGGGAGCAGCAGAGCGCGCACCAGAUGGUUCUGACCGCGGUGGAUGGGGGCUCUCCGGAGAGGUCCGGCACUGCGCAAAUUGACAUCACGGUCUUGGACGCGAACGACAACGCGCCCGUGUUCGACCAGACCUUCUACAGGGUGAGACUGGCCGAAAACGCACCCAAGGGCGCAGUGGUCAUCAAGUUGAACGCGUCCGACUCGGACGAGGGCGCCAACGCUGACAUCACCUACUCGUUCAGCGGGCACGCGCCCAUCAAAGUGCGCCAGCUUUUCAGUGUGGACGCGCGCACGGGGGAAAUCAAAGUGAAAGGGGUGAUCGAUUAUGAAAAAGCAAGGAUGCAUGAGAUUUACAUCCAGGCCAAGGACAAAGGUCCCUCAGCUGUCGCGGUGCACUGCAAGGUGCUGGUGAACGUCUUGGAUCGGAACGACAACCUCCCGGAGGUCAUACUGACGUCAGUGUCUACACCUGUGCACGAGGACGCGCCCCCCGGCACCGUCAUUGCUGUCAUCAGCGUCACGGAUAAGGACUCUGGGGAAAGCGGGAACGUGGAUUGUGAGAUCCCAAAUCUGGUCCCGUUCCAGCUGCACUCCUCUUUUAAAAACUACUACACGCUGGUGACCAGUGAUUUCCUGGACCGGGAGGCGGUGGCGGAGUAUAACAUCACACUGACGGCGAGAGAUAUGGGCUCUCCGCCUUUGUUCACCAGGAAAACCAUUCUGGUUCAGGUGUCCGACGUGAACGAUAACGCGCCCGCGUUUAAACAACCGUCUUAUACCGUCUAUUUGACGGAGAAUAACGCACCGGGGGCUUCCAUUUGCUCUGUGAUAGCACAGGACCCGGAUUUCGGACAAAAUGCGUACCUCUCUUAUUCAAUACUCGAUGACAACAUCCAAGGCAUGCCUGUCUCCACAUACGUGUCCAUCAAUUCGGAUAACGGGAAUAUUUACGCCCUACGAUCGUUCGACCACGAACAGCUAAAAUCCUUCCAAAUCACGGUGCAAGCUCAAGACGCCGGAUUCCCGCCUUUAAGCAGCAAUGUUUCCGUGACCAUAUUUAUUUUGGAUCAAAACGACAACGCACCCAUUAUCGUUUCGCCUCUGCCUCAAAAUGGAACACCCCCAACUGAAGCAGUGCCGAGAUACGUGGACGCCGGGUACCUGAUCGGCAAAAUAAGCGCGGUGGACGCGGAUGGAGGUCAGAACUCGCGGCUUUUCUACCAAAUGCUGCAAGCGACCGACCCUAGCUUGUUCAGCGUGGCUUUGUACACGGGGGAAAUCAGGACAAUCCGGCAGUUGGUGGAGAAAGACCCCACCAGGCAACGAUUGGUCAUACUGGUGAAGGACAAUGGCCAACCGCCCCUCUCGGCCACAGUUUCCAUCAUCCUGUCAGUGGUUGACAGCCUGCCAGAAUCCCAGCCCGAUUCGGGUGACCUGUCACUGAGCCCCCAUCACAGCUCCAACUUUAGCCUCUACUUAAUCGUGUCCCUGGGCGCCAUCUCCUUCACGUUCCUCGUGGCCAUCAUCGUCCUUGUUACAGUGAGGCGGUUGAAGGACAGAGCAUCCGGCAGAGAGUCCAGCUUCCCCUCCGCCAACUUGUGCUCCUGCUGCUGGCGCUCGGGGUCACCCGGCGGCUCAGAUAUCUUCAAAAAGUCCAAUUUGACCAUCAGGAUGUCUGCGGACUCCGCCGGCUGCGCGGAAGCCAACGGCGGCGGAGCGCUCCCGCAAGCGUACUGCUAUAAAAUGUGUCUGACUCCGGAAUCGUCCAAAAGUGACUUUAUGUUUCUCAAGCCCUGCAGCCCCGUGUUGUCGGCACGGCAGAAUAACGCCAAGAGUACAGACUACAUGACUUCUGGCUGGAGCGCGCUGGACCGCAACGAGCUGGCCAACCGCAGGACAUCGACUCCACCAGAGCUGAAGUAUUCCAGCAAGGACUGGACCUGGGCCAAAAAUCAACGCAAUUCGGCAUACAAGAGGUACAGUUCAGGAAACAUGGAGGGGACUCUGUCACGUCCUCAGCAGUACGACGCCGAUGCUUAUUUCUGCUCUGUGGCACCACAGUACUGGACCUGGGGCAACCAUAUGAGCGAGUGCAAGAUGUCUCUUCAAGAGGAAAGCAAUCCCAGCUUGGCGUGGACGCCAAAGUACGCCCAGCCCCAGUCUGAGGCAGCGGACUACCAGCACAACGUGUACAUUCCUGGCACCACGUCGGGUUACAGCACGCUCAAGCUGGCGCCGAGAGGUGACUUGGAUGUGUAUAACACCUUCUCCACGUUUGGCAAGAAGAAGAAAUUCAUCUCCAACUAUGAAGCGUCUUUGGACAAAGAUGACGGGCUCAUUAGCAAUGCGAUUUUCAAAUGAGGCAUCAUCAAUUGUGCUUAUCAGAAAACAUUUAUGCUGAGGUUAUGCUAUGGAAACAGGAUGCCAUAAUCGCACAGCAUAUGCGCAAAUGAUGGUCGUUAUGGGCUUGUAAUGCACGCAUCAAACAUCAAUACGAUGCUCAACAUCUCAUAAAAGGUCAUUGGGUCAAACUGGGGGGUCCGAAGUCUAUGUACGGCCAACGUACAUCCACUUGAUUGACCAAUCAAGUAAAGAAAAAAAAGUUGCAAUUUUACAAGAAUAAAGAAAUAUGAGGGCAAAUAUUAUUAAUAUAUAUAAAAUCAUUUUAGUGGCAUAAAAUUCAUUUUAGGAUCAGAAAAAAAUACCCUUUUUUUCUUUUAUGAAAAACUAACUACUGUACAUUUUUGGAAAAUUAGGCUGGGAAAAAAGAUAAUAUUAUAAUAAUUAUUAUAAUUAUUAUUAUUAACUAUAUAUUACAAUCAUAAUUAUUAUUAGCAAUUAUUAUUAUUAAUAAUUAUAACAAUAUUGUAAUAAUUAUAAUAUUGAAACAUAUUAUAAUAUUAAUAUCAAAUAUUAAUAAUAUGGUGAAAAUUCAAACAAUAUGAAAAAAUAAUAUUGUAAUUAUUAUAAUUAUAAUAUAAUUAGUAUUUUAAUUAUAAUAUAUAGUUAAUAAUAAUUAUUAUUAUUAUAAUAUCUUAUCUUAUUAUAUUAUCAUAAUUAUUAUAAUAAUAUCUUUUUUCCCAUAACCUUUCUUGAAAUCUGGACACUUCUGAGCAUAUCUUUGCAAAAUAUACGUAGAAUUGGUACAGUUGCAUCCUUCCAUUUUUCACAAUGUGGCCCAGCCUGGCAAACGUUGGGACGCUCCAGCUGUCUACCAAGUCGCUCCGAUAGAAACCGUAGGUCUUCCUUGCACAUUACUGAUGCUUUUCAUGUCAUACCGAAGUAUCACUAAAAGCAGUUCUGUUUUUACACGAGUCCUUAUCCGUUGUAGAGCAUUCAGCUUGUGCCGUGAUCUCCUGUUAUCCAUGAUGCAUCUGUUCCAGUAGCACACUGAUAGAAGUCAUUUGUAUAAAGUCUGUGUACAGUAUAUAUUGUAUAAAUAAAGUCCACCUU